CACGCUAUGAAAUGGUAGUCUUGCCGUCAUGCCCGUAUGCACAACCUGCACGCAUCCAGUGGCGUAUUUGUACACUGUCUAUGAAUCUGCCUAUAAUUUCAGACUGGAGCAAUGUCCGGCUUGCCAUGCCUUCGCUGAUCCUUAUGUUGAACACGACGAACUGACCCUGAUACUUGACCUCAUAUUGCUUAAGAGAGAUGUCUUCCGACAUCUCCUGUUCAACCGAGGUACUGGGGCUAGGAAAGCCAAGAAGAGGCGCGAGGGAAAUGUAGACGCGAUGACUGCAGCAAUCGAUCCCGAGGUGGCCAAAGGACGAGAUGCUGCUGCAGAGAAUGAUCUCUUAGAUGCCACAUUGCAUGACUCGCAGCAUGAGCUGGCCAGACAAAUGCUCAUAUAUAAGCUUGGGGGCGCUCUCUUACUCGUCGACGCAAUCAUUCGCUGGGCUCAUCUGCACCCGGAGAAAGCUCUGGCUUCCGCUGAUCUGGGUUCGUGGUCUCGAGAGUCAUGCAUAUCAUUCUGUAGGAUAUUCGUAGGCUGCCUCAUAGAAACACUGGCUUUCCAUCUGGGAAUCCUGGCAGCUUGCUUGGUCUGUUUGAAAUGUGUCGACGGAUGGCGCGCCCUAAGGCGUUCAGGUGCUACAGCAUCCGGGAUACGCCAGCAAUUUCGACUAUCGCACGUUCCCCUGACCCUACUCUAUUCUUCUCUUACCAAGCUUUUCUUGCUCCUGCUACUGUCGGUCUGGCGCCCUGUCGCAGGCGAUAGUAACUCGAUCGAUUGCUCUGAAGCCCAUACAAGCCCUGGGUACUGUUCUUCGGAUCAGCCGGUUAUCACCGCUGCGUUACAGAUCUUCGACGAAGACAAGCUUGAUCGCGACUGGGUGAUCAGAAAUGUACUAGGGGGUAUGGCGGCUGGUUUUGGUUUGCGGGUGGUGCUCGAUUGUCAUCCUUUUUUCACGACGCUAAUAAUUCUCUUCGGGUGGCUGGUGAAGAAUACUGUCGCCUCCUUUGUAAGCAAAUGGGUUGGUGGUGACGAUGUGACUGGGGAUGCCUGGCUUGCGUAUAGCAUUCCGUAGGCCCAACCUUACUCGAUGUCUGCAAUAGUGUGCAGUGUACAUUCCGGGUCCUUGCUUGAUGGAACUGAGCCUGAACGUGUCCGCCGCGACUUCUUGGUCUAUCGUCUAGUCGAAGAGGGUGCCUCCGUCUACUGUGAUGGUUUGUCCUACAACAGAUACAAUCAACACUGCUGAAUUGGAACUGAGCCGCGGC